CCUUCACCUUCACCUUGCCUCACCCCUCUCCCUCGUUGCCUUCCCUUCCCAUUUGGAGUAACACUAUUCGCCUUGAGGAGGAAAUGGAGUAGGACCCAAGCACCACUUCUCCUGCCCGCGCAGAUCAGUGCAGUGUGAUCGUCUCCUUCUUUGCUCCUCCUCCUCCGUCGUCCUCUCCUCUACCAAACAGUAGUGGGUUAGUUUGUUUUGGCAUCUUUUCCCCCUGGUCACAUCUCCCUCCAAGCGAAGCAAUUUCAAGGAUCAAUAUAAUGGUGAAGAGUAAAUCCUCGUGGAGUCAGAUUGUGAAAGAUGGCAGGCUGACAAACCUGUCUGUUGCCACAAGAAACCUCCAACCACAGGAUCUUGGAGCUGUAAUAUUUGGUUGCACAAACAAUACCAUUGCAGAGUGUCACUCACGACAACUUUUUGGUUUGCCAAGAGCACAUCUCUCGUAUGUACAAAACAUCAAGGAAGGGCUACCUCUCUUCCUGUUCAAUUAUGAUGAUCGCAGAUUGCAUGGUAUUUAUGAAGCUGCAAGCAAUGGUAAGUUCUGUCCUGAAUCAAAUGCAUGGUCUCACGAUGGCAAGGGAAAGACAAGCUAUCCUGCUCAGGUUGCAGUGCGAGUAAGGGUAUGGUGCGUUCCACUAGCUGAGAGUCAGUUCAGAAAUGCUAUUAUAGCCAACUACUACCAGAAAAUGCCCGGUGUCCCUGGCCACAAGCUUCAUUUUUUCCGGUUUGAAUUGGAUCAUACACAAACACAUGCUUUGAUGGAUAUGUUUACUCCUUCGCCUUCUCCCAACAAUUUCUGGAUGCCCCCUGUUGCAGCACCAACUGAUGAGCAUGUGAGAGAAUUAAUAUCAUCACCUGUAUGGUCACCAGAGUGUGAGGGGAACAAUCAUCUCAAAUCAGAGAAGUUUGUAAAGUCUUAUGCAGAUGUGGUAAAAAAGACCGAAUUUGACACUGAACAUGCUAGCUCAGGUAAUGAAUUUUCUAAUGGUUUUGAUGGUCUGGAUUGUGGAGGCACACCACUGGAGGGGGAGGAGUAUGCACUAUCAAAUAAGGUGGUUAAAGUGCAACAACAACAACAAUCUGGUCAGCAGGACAAAGAGCUUAGCUUCAAAAGGGUAUUAGAAAAGUUCAAGAUUUCGUCUGCCCAGCAGAAAAAUUCUGAUUUUUUUGCCAACACUACUGAAACUGAAGGCAUUAAUGCAUAUAGCUGUAACGAUGUGCUAGAGGUCAAUUUUGCAAUUCUGGAGGGGCACUCUAAUUUGCCAGAAAACUUGGAUGCCGAAGUUGAUCAGCUCUCUUUGCUGGUGCAAUCAUUGGACUCCGUAUCCUGUACAGAAGACAAGUUGAUAGAUGUAGUUAAAGAGUUAUCGGAGCGCAUAGUGGCCAUGGAGAAGAAGCAGGCUUGGUCCAACAAAGAAGUCAAAUACCUACAAGGGGUGAAUGAGAGGUUACUAAAAAGUGUUGUGGAGCUAAAGGGCACAGUGAAGACAUUGAAUUCAAAAAUAGAUCCUUUAACCCUAGAUGAUUCACUUAAUCAGUUUGUUGAACAAUGUUUGGGUUCAGAAGAUGUCAUUUAUCUAGUUGGUGGUUUUGAUGGCUUCUCAUUUUUGCCAUCACUAGAUUCUUUUUCCCCUUCGUUGGAUAUACUAACGCCUCUCAAACCAAUGGCUGUUGGAAAGUCAUAUGCCUCAACUGUUGCAUUAGAUGGCAAAUUAUUUGUUCUUGGUGGUGGUGAUGGAGCUUGCUGGUUUGAUACAGUCGAUUGUUAUGACCGAAGACAUGAUGAUUGGACCACAUGCCCAUCAUUGACUCGAGAGAAAGGGAGCCUUGCUGGAGUUAGCUUCAAUCGAAAAAUCUAUGCAUUUGGUGGUGGAGAUGGAAAUGAGUGUUUAUCUGACGUUGAGGUAUUUGAUCCUGCUCAUGGAAAGUGGAUAAAGAGUCAGCCUAUGCUGGAAAAGCGCUUUGCUCUAGCUGGUGUGGAACUUAAUGGUGCAAUUUAUGCAGUUGGUGGCUUCGAUGGAGUUCAAUAUCUGAGCUCUGCAGAGAGACUUGAUCCUCGUGAGCCUAAUUGGAAAAGACUCCCAAUGAUGAGUACAGGAAGAGGCUGUCAUACACUGGCAGUGCUUGACGAGAAGAUAUUCUCGAUUGGUGGCUAUGACACUGAGGCGAAAGAAAUGGUGGCUACUGUUGAGUUGUACGAGCCAAGGAUGCCGUCAUGGGUGAUGGUUGAACCCAUGAACUACACCAGAGGAUACCAUUCUUCAGCUGUGCUUGGUGGCUCGAUAUUCACGUUUGGUGGGGUCAAGGGGGAAGCCGAUACAAUCUUGGAUGUGGCGGAACGCUACAAGGAAGGGUGUGGGUGGGUGACUACUGAGCUGAAGUCAAUUGGCAGGAGAUGCUACUGCUCUGCCAUUGUUCUCUGACCGACUACAAUAUGGACAAUGUGAAACUAGUUAACUUCUGACAAGCGACCAGCAAACUGAUAGUUAAAACAUAGAAGGCUCUUCUUUUGCCUGAACUGACCUUCCGUUUG